CUAAACGCCAUAGUUCACGAUUGUACUGACACCUGAAAUAGAAUAAUUUUGAUGAAGCAAAACAAGUAGUACAGAAAACAGACACGAUAUAUUUAUAUCUCACUUAGAAGAGGUCGAGUUUGUAAUUCGCUAAAUAUAAAUCGCUGAAAAUUUUUAACCCUUGAGAAUCUUCAAAGUGUUUACCGAAAAUGAACGCAAGUCGACUCUCUGUGGUGGAGUAACCACUAACCGAUUUUUCAGUGCUUAACAUGAGUGUCAGUGAAGUCCUACUUUCCUCCAACAUGUGAUAACACUGCCAAAUGUGCUGUUUGUGUAUAAUAAAUCAAAAUUUAAGUGCUUAUUAAAACCAUGAGCAAAAUGAAAUUUUUGAUUACCUCUGAGGUAACAGCACAAGGAAGCUGCUGAAUCCCUCGUGAGCGCAAGGAGCCAUCACCAUGUCUUGGAUACUUACGUUUCUAGUCUUUGUCAUCUUAGCCCAGCACCAGGCCGAUUCUUCCGGAGUCUUUGAAUUACGACUGAUAUCAUUUGACAACGAAGCCGGGAAGGACGAUAAAGGAAGAUGCUGUAGCGGUAUCUCUGCACCAAAUUCAGAAUGUGAGGGAAUGUGUCGUCCGCGGUUUCGAAUUUGUCUCAAGGAAUACCAAGUGAAGAUCGACACCACGUCUCCAUGCACCUUUGGAGAUGUUAUCACCACUGAAUUCGAAACAAAUCCCGGAUCGGACAACUCACAAAACGGAUUCGAAAAUUCCAUCGCUUUGCCUUUUCCCUUCACUUGGCCGGGUACAUUUUCCUUGAUCGUGGAAGCGUGGCACGGGAACCAAACAUCACAUCCCGCAGUAUUAGUGAGCCGCCUGACUAGACAGAGGUGGCUGGACGUAAGCGAUAAAUGGACCGAAGAUGUGCACAGUUCGAACUAUUCGACCCUGAAAUUCGAGUACAGGGUGACUUGUAAGUCGCAUUAUUACGGCAAGGGUUGCGAGAAUUUGUGUCGUCCCCGAGACGACCAAUUCGGCCAUUAUAGUUGCUCUCCCACGGGUGAGCGGGUUUGUUUGGCUGGAUGGACGGGAGACUACUGUACCAAACCUCAAUGUCUACCUGGUUGUGACGAACAACAUGGUCACUGUACUAAGCCCAACGAGUGUCGGUGUCAAUCAGGCUGGGAAGGUCCUCUUUGCGACCAGUGCCAGCGAUACCCCGGGUGCAUGCACGGCACUUGCGUGAAACCGUGGGACUGUCUUUGCAACGAGGGCUGGGGUGGCCUUUUCUGCAACCAAGAUCUCAAUUUCUGCACCAACCAUAAACCUUGUCGCAACGGAGGCACGUGUUUCAACACGGGCCAAGGCAGCUACACAUGUAGUUGCCCCGCAGGUUACACGGGCACCAACUGCGAGUUACCCUUACACGAUUGCGCGAAGACUCCCUGUUUGAAUGGUGGUACUUGCAAUCGCAACAGCACCCUCAACAUUUGCAUUUGUCCAUCGGGCUACAGUGGUCCCCGAUGCGAGACUUCCAUCCGGAAUUGCGACGAAAAACCGUGUCAAAACGGCGGCUCCUGCACUAACACCGAUUCCGGGUACCGGUGUGAGUGUCGUCCGGGAUACAGUGGUCCCGAUUGCGAGUACCAAGCCAAUAGCUGCAAUCCGAAUCCUUGCAAAAACGACGGAACUUGCGUCGAAAGUACCAACGGCUUCACGUGCAUUUGCCCGUCAGGGUUUACAGGCGAGCGUUGCGAAACCAACAUCGACGAUUGUCUAGGAAACCCGUGUCAAAACGGGGGUACUUGCGUCGAUAAAAUCAAUGAGUUUCGCUGCCAGUGCGUUCCGGGCUACGUGGGCCCCCUGUGCCAGAACCGCGUAGACUAUUGCAUCACUAAACCUUGUGCCAAUGGUGGAACUUGUUUGCAGCUAAUCAAUGACUAUGAGUGCAAGUGCGCGCCGGGUUUUACAGGAAAAGACUGUAGUGAAGAAGUAGACGAAUGCCAGGUUGAACCUUGCCAACACGGUGGUACUUGUGUAAAUCGGGUCCACGGUUUUGAGUGUUAUUGUCCGCCCGGCUUCUUGGGCCGGCAGUGCGAGGAAGUGUCGUCCAGCGCCGCUCCGAGUGCGAGAGUGUCCUCCGAGUCGAACUUGACGACGGAACACGUCGUAGUCAUCGCGACGAUUUCAACAUUCGUACCGCUAGUAGUAUUAAUCGCAGUCGGCGUCAUCGUUUGCCUGAAACAACGCCGCAAACGGGAGAAAGCCCGGGCCGACGAGGAAGCCAGACUGCAGAACGAGCAAAAUACCGCCAAUAGCAGUUUCGCGAAACGGGGGGCUGCCAUGGCGGCGGACGCCCACAUGAUUAAAAACUCAUGGGGCAAAUGCACCAACAACGUGAUGAGUUCGAACAUUUCCUCGCCCGAUGACUGCAGUGUAUCCAAUAUUAGUGUUAGCGAAUGUGAUGGUUUCCCUAAAUCUACUAUGCACCAGGUCAUAGACGGAAGACCAGUGUACAGUCUACAGAGAACGCGUUCUCAAAAGCAACUAAAUACCGAACCGGGACCUCGUGCUUCGGCGCUUCUUGCAGCCAAACUGCAUGAGCCCGAGUACGAACAUAUUAAACGUUUGUCUGUGAUGUCAAACGCGUCGGCUGUGUGUGGCUCCAGUGACCCCUCCCUGCUCAAGAGGCCGGUGGAAAAGGAGUCCAAUGGCGUUUAUGUGAUAGAAGAACACUUCCUCCGCCCGGAUGCAAUUUCAGCGGGUCUCUUCGCCACGGAGGUGUAGAGUUAGUUUAAAUGUAUGACUGAUUGAGUGGAUGUGACGCCGAUCCAGCGGUUAGCUUAGAGCACGAUGUACAUUUAUAUUUAUUAUUCGCUCUAAUUGCUCGCGCGCUGGAUCGUCGAUGUAACUUAUGGUUGCAUGUGUAUUAAAAUUUGGGACUGAUUUAGUCCCGCGUCCAAGGAGCCUUCGCCCUGCCCGUGACGCCGCUUUAAACUCCGCCAAUAACGAGGACUAGAACUUCGCUCCAAUGAUCACACUUUUGUUUAUAUUGUAAAUAUUACGUUAGGAUAAUUUUUCCGCGUCUUUUUUUUUGUCAUUGAAGGAAGAUUCUGGUUAGAAAACCAAAGAUUUUGGUGUAGUAGAAAGCCUGCUUUAAGGGUCGGGCGCGGCGCCGACUCGUCAAGUAGUAUGUAACUAAUAUAACACUUAAAUUGUUAUUGUAAUAUGUGAUGAAUCUAAAAUUAACUAAGUCAGCGUUGUCUACUUACAUGGACUUAUCUCAAUACUUGUAAGCAUUUUUUUCUUAUUAAAAACUUGCUUCCGAUUUGAACUUCUCUUCUUUUUUUUCAUUUGGAGCUCUAGUCAGAAGCAACUUACAUGAUCUUUUAUAAUAUGAUCAACGUUAAUUAGUAUUAAACACUGUAUCUGAUCAUGAUAAUUUUGAACAAAGACGUAAUGUUCCUCCUAUUAUAACUAAGUCAUUUGCUGUUGUGUCAUAGAAUGAUUAUAAAAAUCGUUCUAUGACACUGAUCUAAAACACUUGUUGUACUACUUAACCACUUGGACAAGUUUAAAGACUUAUUAUGUCAAAAAGACCUUUUGUAAUAUAUUAUUGUAUAUUUAAAGCAUGUAAACUAAAUGUCAUAUUACAAAUUGUUCAUGUUUCUUAAUUAAACCUUCCCUAGUGAAGCUGUAUUGUUCCUUACGUGAAUGAUGUUAUUUAAAGUUAUCAUAAUAAAUUUUUUGUUCUCUA